AUGGCUCUGGCUUUGGAUGCUCUGCUGGCUCGGGUGAAGGAUGUGUGCCGGAGGAAUGGGCUGCUCAUCCUGUCUGUGCUCUCUGUCAUCAUAGGCUGCCUCCUGGGCUUCUUCCUGAGGACACAGCACCUCUCACCCCAGGAAAUUAGUUACUUCCAAUUCCCUGGAGAGCUGCUGAUGAGGAUGCUGAAGAUGCUGAUCCUGCCCCUUGUUGUCUCAAGCCUGAUGUCAGGCCUUGCAUCCCUGGACGCCAAGACCUCCAGUCGCUUAGGAAUCCUCACUGUGGCCUACUACCUCUGGACCACCUUUGUUGCCGUCGUUGUGGGUAUUAUCAUGGUCUCCAUCAUCCACCCUGGUGGUGCAGCUCAGAAGGAAACCACCGGCCAGAGUGGGAAGCCCAUCAUGAGCUCAGCUGAUGCCCUGCUGGACCUUAUCAGGAAUAUGUUUCCGGCAAACCUAGUCGAAGCCACCUUCAAACAGUACCGCACCAAGAACAUCCCGAUGGUCAAGUCCAGCAAGGCCGUGGCGUCAGAGACUACCCCUCAGCGGAUCCUCAUCUAUGGGGUCCAGGAGGAGAAUGGCUCCCAGGUGCAGAACUUCGCCCUGGACCUCACGCCUCCUCCCGAGGUGGUGUACAAGUCAGAGCCGGGCACCAGCGAUGGCAUGAAUGUGCUGGGGAUCGUCAUCUUCUCAGCCACCAUGGGGAUCAUGCUGGGCCGCAUGGGGGAUAGCGGAGCUCCCCUGGUCAGCUUCUGCCAGUGCCUGAAUGAGUCUGUUAUGAAGAUCGUGGCUGUGGCUGUGUGGUACUUCCCCUUUGGCAUCGUGUUCCUCAUUGCUGGGAAGAUCUUGGAGAUGGACGACCCCACAGCCAUUGGGAAGAAGCUCGGCUUCUAUGCUGUCACUGUGGUCUGUGGCCUGGUGGUGCAUGGACUUCUCAUCCUCCCCAUGCUGUACUUCGUCAUCACUAAGAAAAACCCCAUCGUCUUCAUCCGGGGCGUCCUCCAAGCCUUGCUCAUUGCCUUGGCCACAUCUUCCAGCUCAGCCACUCUGCCCAUCACCUUCAAAUGCCUGCUGGAAAACAACCACAUUGACCGGCGCGUUGCCCGCUUCGUGCUCCCCGUGGGAGCGACCAUCAACAUGGAUGGCACGGCCCUCUACGAAGCUGUGGCAGCCAUCUUCAUCGCCCAAGUCAACAACCAUGAGCUGGACUUUGGCCAGAUCGUCACCGUCAGCAUCACAGCCACCGCGGCCAGCAUUGGGGCAGCUGGGAUCCCACAGGCAGGGCUCGUCACCAUGGUCAUCGUGCUCACCUCUGUGGGGCUGCCCACUGAUGACAUCACACUCAUCGUUGCCGUUGACUGGGCCCUAGACCGUUUCCGGACCAUGAUCAAUGUCCUGGGUGACGCACUGGCUGCUGGGAUCAUGGCUCACAUCUGCCGGAAGGAUUUUGCCCGAGAUGUGGGCACAGCGGGCCAGAAGCCGCCACCCUGUGACACCAAGCCCGUCAGCUUGGAAGAGAUUGUGGCAUCGCAGAGAAAUGGCUGCGUGAAGAGUAUGACAGGGGCCCAUGGGCCAGCCCUGGACACAGCCCUGAUCUCUCACCACGUCCCCGUGCAAGUGGAACAAGACGAUGAGACAGCUCAGCCCCCGUCCAGCGCCGAUCACUGCACCAUCGAGAUAAACGAGCUGGAGACAAACGUCUAGGCAGCCUCUCUGGCUAACACACCCCUGUGCCAUGGGGAGGUCAAAGGAGGCUCCCGGGGGCCUCUUCCCAGACUCAGAGGGUUCUGAGGAUUGCCCAGAGCCUGGAAGUCAAUGAUGUGGGGAGGUCCUGUGCCCCAGGAAAGUCCUUGCUCUCUGCAUUGGGAAGCAGUUGGACUUAGCCUUGCCCUGUGGCUCCGUUGGUGUGGGGGCAUUAUCUUGCCUCUUUUUUUCCCUAAGGCUGCCCAGCUCAUACCUCCAUGACUCCUGGGCCCUAGACGCCUCAGCCCCUAAGCCAUUCUUUGUUGGAAGCUUCGUCAGGGGCCCCUGGCCACAGCCAAAACAGCUCCCUGCCAGAAACUGGGGGUCCCCUCAGGGCCAGGGCAGAGAAGCCUGGGAAGAGCCAUGGCCUUCAGACCCAGAAUGAGGGCUCCAGGACCUUCUAUUGCUGUGAUUUGUCCUGCCCAAGGGUAUUCCAUAGGGACUCACCCUAGCUGGCAGGUGAGAGGCAGCCAGCUCCAAGCACCCCUUCAGCCCUGACAGGGGCUCCCUGAUGGGAGGCCUGGGUACAGGCUGGCUCUCAGGACCUCUGAAAGUGGGGCCUCCAGACAUCCAGCUCAGGAGCCCUUCUGUCUCUGCUGACAUCAACCGGAGAUUUCCCGGCUUCUGGGCCCCACACUUUGUCCUGGGGUUAAAGGAGAAGGUGGGGAUGGGCGUUUGCAGUGGGAUAACAAGGACAGAGCUGCUCCUGGUUUUCAUGGGAGUGUAUUCAUAAUAAACCUGAAGCUU